AUGCCGUCAGCCGGAAUCGUCUACGAAGGAGUCCUGGCCAAUGGGACUCCGGAUGGCAACAACAACAACAACAACAACAACCAAAAUCAAUAUGAGGGCACUCUCUUCAACGGUCUCAAGUUUUGGGUCGCCCAGAGAGUGCCAGGCCGCAAGUCCCUGAUAGACUCACUCAAGGCCAAUGGAGGGAAGAACGUCCUUCUUGAAAAACAUGCAGAUAUUCUCAUUGCAGACCAUGUCCGCAAAAAUGCUCCCGCCGGCUCGGUGUCAUGGAAGUACAUCACGGAUUCCAUCAGCGACGGUCAACUGGCCGACAUGGACAUUUACAGGAUCGACCAUUUCACUGCCAAGGGAGCACGUCCUGUAGGCUCAACCAUGUCUAUCAAGACCAAACGAACCCCCUAUACAGCACAGGAUGACAAUAUCCUCAUUCACUGGGUCUUACAGAAGGAGAGGGCGGGCGAAGCCAUCCGCGGCAACAAGAUUUACAUAGAUCUUGCUGAAAGAUAUCCUCGGCACACAUGGCAGUCAUGGAAAGAUCGUUUUAGCAAGCGGUACGAUCGUCAACACAGGGAUUCUCUGGCCGCGCUGCUUCCUCAGGGCUUUGAGCCGCCGCCACCACCACCUUCUCAUGCCCCUGCGCCCGUCUGCAAAAAGAUUGCCACGCCUUCCGUAACAACUACCACCGUGCACACACCGGCCCCGAGCCGUCCACGACCUCAACCGUCUUCGUCUGUUAUCGCUCCCACUAGCAGAGUCCCCUUUACCAAUGAGGAAGACAAUAUCUUGAUCACAUACAUCAAAGAAAUGAACCGCCGAGGAGAAAACUUGGAUUCAACCAUGAUUUACAAGCAGUUCGCGGAACAACAUCCGCAUCACGGGUGGCAGUUCUGGCGAAAAAGAUGGGUUGAUCAACUGCAGGCCACAACGAACCUGGAGGAAGAUGAACCUGCCGACCCUGUCGCUCCGGAUGCUCCUGAGCCCAGCCUUCCCGAGCCAACCCCAAGGACUAUCACUCGUCCCGAAGUCAAGGCGACGCCUAAGAGUGCUGAUCAAGCCGCGGCUAAGAGGCGACUUUCAGCAGCCCUGAAUAGAGCACGCCAGGAGGUCCCUACCAAGAGUUCACCUGUGCCUCCUGCAAGGACUACAAUCGCAAGCUCUGCACACAAAAAGUCAUCGCCUCGCUCGACGCCUUCGCGGCUCGAAGAGAUGAAGAAACGAGCUCGCUUGCUUGGUGAAGAAAAGAAGAAGAUUAAGAGUGCUUCUAUCAUUCAACGAGCAUGGCGGUCUCAUCAGACCCGCAAACAAAUCCCAUGGCGACAGAGUUUGGUAUCAUUUCAAGCUCAUGCACAGGGUUAUCUGACGCGCUAUGUUUGUGCACCUGCCCUUGCAGAGUCCCAGUCCAAGCAACUGGGUGGUGAGGAGGCCGAGAUGUACAGUGAAGAUGAAGGUUCCAUUGACCUUGGACAAUCACCUGACGAGGAAAUUUCCUCUGAGCCCGCACAAAAUCCAAGAGAACACUUCUACACUUGGUUCAGCCUGUACAAUGAAGGCCUCGAGACUAAUCCGGUCCCUUGGGUCACAAUUGGCGGUAAAGCUGUUGACAUGUGGGAUCUGUGGAGCGCGGUUACGGAUCAAGAUGCCCCUGCUCACGCACGGGACUGGGAAGAGAUUGCCGAAUUCUUGGACUUUGACUGGAUUGCUAAGCCGGACGUGCCCAGCCAGCUGCAAGCAACGUUCCAGGAACACCUUGCUGAGUUUGAGAACUUCUACAAGGAGUAUCAGAAUACUGAUCUUCCUGGGCUGGAUCAAGAGACAGACGAGGACAGCGAGGAAGAACAGGAUGAACAGGAUGAAGAGGAUGAAGAGGAUGAAGAGACAGACGAGGACAGCGAGGAAGAACGGGAUGAAGAGGAUGAAAAGGAUGAAGAGGCGGAGAACGAGGAAAUCGAGGAGAGGGGAGAGGGGAUUGAUGCUGACGAAGCAGAAAACACCACACUACCUCAAGACCCCAAUACCACCGAGUUUCGGUCUUCACCGCCCAUCGUAGGAGCCGCCAAGUCUUCGGGGGGCUUAAAGAGGAACGUUGAUCAGUUAAUAUCCUCCCCGCUGAGUAGCAUGACUAGGAAACGGCUACGAUACGAUAUGGAUGACGAGGUACCAGAAUCGCCACCUAAGGAAUGGCGAUCUCCGCUCCCACCGAUCCCAGAAGUAGCUUCCAGGCCAGAGGAGGCUGCUGAUGUUACCCUGGUAAACGAAGACGAGGAUGACAUUGCCGAUGAAGAGAUGCCCAUGUUUGGAGAUGAUGAGGACGAGUAUGAGGCAGCAGAGGAGGACAGAGAAGAUAACGAGCAUGCUUUCAUUACGCAGCCACAACAACCUAUACAGCCUACGGUGGAAAGGGCCUUGUCCCUUCGACCUUCUCCGGCCUCGAAAUCGCAAGCAGCGCAGAAGAAGCCUGUCACUCAACCGAGCGCAGAGAGCGAAGCAGAUUACAUUCCCCCAGAUGAUGACGAAGAAGAAGUCUCGGAUUCAAGUAGCGACGCCUUCGCCCCGCCCAUCGACCCUCCCCGGCCUCCUCCUGAGCGAAGACGCCCUCCCGUCCCUGCCCCCGUCCCUGCCCCUCGCCCUUCCACGGGAGCAGCCCCAGUAGUAUUUCGCAGACAACUUCCCCCCAGGGAUCCUGUACCACCACCUCGUGUUGCCUCUCGCAUCUCACCUCCUCGCUUCCGUCCUAUCCCUCCUCUCGACCCCUUCGCCUCAAACAACAACAACAACAACAACAACAACAACAACGGAGGCAGCAGCAGCAACCAGAACCAGCAACGCCUUACCCGACCACGACCACGACCACGACCACGACCACGGCAACACCCCUCAUACCCCCCAAACCCACCACCAAAAGCUCCACCCCACGGCGGCAUCGUAAAAGGCCGCCACAAAGGCGUCGACAUAUGCUCCGAAAACCCCCUCACCCUUCGCGACCGCUACAUCUCGCUAGGCUACAAAAAACGACAUUGCGCGCGUGGGGUGCUAGCCACGACGCAUGAUCCCGUCGUUGCCGGACGGGCGAUCCAUGCGCUGGCGAGUGAGGAUGGACAUACACUUCCCCAGAAUGUAGCCGGGAUUUGGACGCCGGAGGAUGAUGCGGACUUGAAGGAGGUGGAGGAGUGGGAGCAGAGGGAGAGGGAGAGAGUGGAGGAGGACAAAGACGAGGACGAGGACGACGAUGACGACGAGGAGAUAAUUAAGGAGGGAGAAAGGCUGAGAGUGAAAGAGGUGGAGAGGAGGUUGUUGGAGAAACAUGGACGGUUGAGGAUGGAGUUGCGGAGGGAUUUUUUGAAAAAGUAUGCUUUGGCGUAG